AUGCAAGUAAAUGAUGCAACAGAAUUAGUUGCAUCAAAAGCAAGCGAACGGCUGCAUUUGAAGGCUGCACUUCCAUCAAAAAUUAUUGAUAUAUCGUCACUUAAUGCUGUUCCGUUUCUAACACAGGAUGCUGAGCAUUCAGGUGCAUGGCUCGAUGCUAGUGCAUGGUUAUUCAAAAUGGUCAAGACAUUCGAGCCAUUUGAUACUACUCCCUUACCUGAAUUGUAUACAAAGGGAUUUGAUCUUGAGCAGGUCUGGGAGCAAAUCAGACUACUUAAUGAGCCUCUUGUUCCGUAUCUAUCCAAGAUGGCGAGUGAUUUCCCAAAAUCAGACAAUGAUUCUAUUGAAGAGACUGAUGAUGAUACUUUGAAUAAUCUAAACGGGGAUGAUGAGCAAGAGUUUGAGGAUGAUAGCGAAUUAGACGAGAGUGAGUUGGAAAGUGAUCAAGAAUCAUCAAAUUAUUUAGAUUUGGAAGCCGAAGAAGACAAUCAAGGCAGUCAAGACAGCGAAGACAGCGAAGACAACGAAGAGUUAAACAGUGCAUCUGACAAUGAAGAGUUUGAAGUGGAUUUUCCUGAUCAAGAAAGCGAUCAAGAAACUGCUGGACCCAUCAAACGCAAGCGAUCAGUCGUUGAUGACGAUUUUUUUUCACUCGAGGAAAUGGAAAAGUUUGCUGACAUGGGAGAGCGUCAUGAUAUCAAAGCCGCUCGUAAAGCCAACAUGAAAGACGACGAUAGUGAUGAUGAUGAGAGUGAAAAAGACGACAUGUUUUCAUUUGAUUCUGAUAUACUCAAUAGCAACCUUGAUGAUGAAGACGAAGAUAAUGCAAACGAUAUCCGAUAUGAAGAUUUCUUUGAAGGCAUUGACAAAGAUGCUGACACCAAGCCAUCUAAAAAACAGCGCGCACGUCCGUCUUGGCAAGAUCGUGAUGACAUGGACAGAGAUGAGGACAUUGAACCCACGGACAUGGACACUAGCGUCAAUGAAGAUCAAGAGGUUGAUGAUACAUCAUUAUACACCAGCCAUAAGCAGACUCUCUUUGAAGAUGAUGCCGAGCCUAUUCAGGGCGAAACUUUGUCUACAUUUGAGAAACAACAGGCUAGACUUCAAAAAGCUAUCCAACAGCUUGAAUCAGAAGCUAUGCAAGAAAAACCAUGGGCUAUGAAGGGUGAAGUAUCGUCUCGUGCACGCCCCAAGAAUUCUCUUUUGGAAGAGGAUCUGGAGAUUGAACAUACAGCCAAGCCUGUGCCUGUUAUCACCGAAGAAUCUACACUAACACUGGAGACAUUGAUUACCCAACGUAUCAAGGAUCAAGUCUGGGAUGAUGUGACUCGCAAAGCUCCACCAAAAGAUACUGUAUAUGAUCCCAAUCGCAAAUUUGAGCUCAUUGAUGAAAAAAGCACAAAGUCUCUUGCCCAAGUUUAUGAAGACGAGUACCUUCGUCAAUCCAACAAAGACCAACCAACUGAAAAAGAUAUUGCUUUGAAUCAAAAGCAUGAGGAAGUCAAGACGUUGUUCCAAACUCUUUGUCAGGAUCUAGAUAUACUAUCCAACUGGCAUUAUACACCCAAAGCAGCGACAUUGGAAGUGGAAGUUUUGCCACCCGUGAGUGUACCUGCUAUUCAGAUGGAAGAAGUUACUCCUGCUGCAGUCUCGGAUGCUAUGCUUGCUGCACCCAAGGAGGUAUAUCAAGGUAAUGUAGCCAAAUCCCAAAUGGAGAUGGACGCGGCAGAUAAACGCAAGGCACGACUCAAGGCCAAGCGCGAAGUCCAGCGUGAACAUAAGAUGCGCGAGACUGCCAAGAAAGAGCGAGAAGCUGCUACAGGUGUAUUGGCGUCUCAACUGACUAAAGAAAAGGCCAUGAAGCAACUCAUGGGACAGAGUAAUGUUACGAUUGUUGGAGAUAAGACUAGCAAGCGACAGAUGGGUAGAGUAUCAACCGAAGCCAAGGGUGGAAAAACUAAGCUGGGCAAGAGAGAUAUGCAAGCCACUGUUGUCCAGGUUGGUGGCAAGGUUGGACAAACCAAAACACGCAUUGAUAAACCUUCAGAUCUUAGACUAUAG